AGUUGUGAAUUCCCGCAGUCUUUGGGAGCGGAGAAAAGUCAAGCUUCGUCUUCAUGUCGCUGCGGGAGUCUCGGUAAAUGUCCGUCUGUCUGAUGCGGGUGAUGCAAAGGACAUUUUUGAAAAGGGAGAAGCUCUUCCCCGGCCGGGACUUGCCUUCUAAGAGCCUCCUCAACCAGCUGCUAAAAGUAUGUUUCUGAGGCGGACUGUACUUCGGGGAACUUCUAUUUUCUGCUCGGCAGCUGUAGAGGAGCAGCAGCGAAGUUUGGAGUAACACCAAGUGAUGCGGGAAAAACACCCCGAGAGCAGAACACCCUCCUGCAGACACAACCCCCGCCGCUGCACACAGGUUGAUCAUGGUCGCCGCCACCCGCUCCCUCCUGGCGCUGCUGCUCUGCCAGGUGCUGCUGGGCGGCGCGGCCGGCCUCAUGCCGGAGGUGGGCCGGCGGCGCUUCAGCGAGGCGGGCCGCGCCGCCUCGGCCGCGCAGCGCCCCGAGGACCUCCUCAGCGAGUUCGAGCUGCGCCUGCUCCACAUGUUCGGGCUGAAGCGGCGGCCCAGCCCCGGCAAGGACGUCGUCAUCCCCCCCUACAUGCUGGACCUCUACCGCCUGCACGCGGGCCAGCAGCUGGGGCAGCCGCCGGCCCUGGGCUACCCGCUGGAGAGGGCCGCCAGCCGCGCCAACACCGUCCGCAGCUUCCACCACGAAGAAGUUUUGGAAGAACUGCCAGAAACAAGUGGGAAAACAGCACGGCGUUUCUUCUUUAAUUUAACUUCCAUCCCUAAUGAGGAGUCUAUCACCUCAGCUGAACUCCAGAUUUUUCGGAAACAGGUGCACGGAGCCUUUGAGAACAACAGCAGCUACCAUCACCGUAUUAAUAUUUAUGAAAUUAUAAAGCCAGCCACAGCCACCUCUAAGGACCCUGUCACAAGACUUUUGGACACCAGGUUGGUGCAUCAUAAUGCAAGUAAAUGGGAAAGUUUUGAUGUAACGCCAGCUGUUUUGAGGUGGAUUGCACAUGGACAACCUAAUCAUGGGUUUGUGGUAGAGGUGGUUCACUUGGACAAAGAGAACAGUGCCUCCAAGAGGCACGUUAGGAUUAGCAGGUCUUUACAUCAGGAUGAAGAUAGCUGGUCUCAGCUCAGGCCAUUAUUAGUAACGUUUGGGCAUGAUGGCAAGGGACACCCGCUUCAUAAAAGAGAAAAGCGUCAAGCGAAACACAAACAGCGUAAACGCCACAAAUACAGUUGCAAAAGGCAUCCGUUAUAUGUGGACUUCAAUGAUGUGGGGUGGAAUGACUGGAUUGUUGCCCCACCGGGGUAUAGUGCCUUUUACUGCCACGGGGAAUGUCCUUUUCCACUGGCAGAUCAUCUAAACUCAACAAACCAUGCCAUUGUUCAGACUUUGGUCAAUUCAGUGAAUUCCAAAAUCCCCAAGGCUUGCUGUGUGCCGACAGAACUGAGUGCUAUUUCCAUGCUCUACCUUGAUGAGAAUGAAAAAGUUGUAUUAAAGAACUAUCAAGAUAUGGUUGUGGAGGGUUGUGGGUGCCGCUAACACAGCAAAUAUAUUAGACAAAUACAAAAAAAAAAAAGCUGACACUUUAAUAUUUCCCAAUGAAGACUUUAUUUAUGUAAUGAAAUGGAAAGAAAAAAAAACACAACUAUUUUGAAAAUAUAUUUAUGUCUACGAAAAAGUUGGGAAAACAAAUAUUUUAAUCAGAGAAAUAUUCCUUUAAAGAUUUUAAAUGUAUUUUAGUUGUACAUUUUAUAUGGGUUUAACCCCAGCACAUGAAGUAUAAUGGUCAGAUUCUUAUUUUGUAUUUAUUUACUAUUAUAACCACUUUUUAGAAGAAUAGCUAAUUUGUAUUUAUAUGUAAUCAAAAAGAAAAAAAUAUAGGGUUUGUACAUAAUUUUCCAAAAUUGUAGCUGUUUCAAUUGUGUGUAUUUAAGUUGAGAAGAAUACAUGGAAGGUUACUAUGGCAAAGUGCAUAGCACAUUUGCUUUCUGCUGUGCUACUGUUAAGGUCACAAGUUCAAGUCCAGAAAAAAGUGGAUAAUCCACUCUGCUGACUUUCAAGAUUAUUAUAUUGUACAAUUCUCAGGAAUGCUGCAGGGUGGGCUGUCCAAUCCAUGAGAACUGGCAUCCUCUUUAGGUGGAACAUUUGGAUAAGAACCAGACGUUGCUGAUCUAGUAUAAAUACUGCUAUUCCCAACUAAUUUGCAGCGCGAAUAUAAGAAGG